AUGACUCCAAGAAAAAGACCAGUGGGAUAUGUUAAAUGUUUCAAAUGUCUUGAAAAUGUUCACAUAGGAGACUGUACACUCGUUGAAACAUAUGACGAUCGAAUCAGUGAUUCUGACUUGCUGUUCAUUCUGGAAGAAGUUUUCGAUGGAGCAUAUACUUGGAAAAAGAACACAUUUAUUUGUAACAAACAUAUUGGUCAAAUCGAAAAACAACUUCUACGAAAAUCUGGAGUUGAAGAUGAACUCAUAUCUAUUAUGAUGGAACACGAUUAUUAUGAGCGAGAUUAUUAUACUUUAGUGAGAAACAUUAUUGAAAGAAAGAAAAAAGAAAAUGAAGAAAGGAUGUAUAAUGAUGUAACAGUUGAGAAAAUCAUAAAAGUGGAGGUUGAUUUGGAUAAUGAACCUAGUUGUUCUUCUGCAAGAAUAUCCUCGAAGAAAACCCAUAUUGAAAUUAAAAAAGAAACAGAUGAUAAUGAAAAUACAACGUGUAAAGAAGUAACAUUUCUUCCGAAUAAAGUGAAAGUUGAGGAAAUCGUGGUAGAAGAAGAAGAAAAUGAAAAUAAACCGAGUUGUUCCUAUGAAGACGUAUUACAAGAUGUGAAAGAGGAAAUUGAUGAUAUUCCAGAAGAAGUAGAAUUUGAGGAUGAAAUAGAUGAGGAAGAAAAUGAACCUUCUACUGCUGAUUCAAAAAAUGUUAUAUGUUCGAUGACUAGUUUAAUAACAUUGGUUUGUUAUUGUCACGAAUGUAAAGAAUUUGGAAUUUAUCAGUUGAAAAAUGAGGGAAUGAAUACACAUGUAAGUAAAUAUUUUAUUUACUCAUUUGAAAAUAUGUUUAUUUCAGAUUUCCGUUGAAUGUCGAGUAUGUUGGAAAACUUGGACUUGGAGUGCAAAUCCAGUCGAACCAGAAAUUGUCGAUGAACUUGGAGAAUAUCAUAAAACAACACUUCAGAAAAUACUCGAUGUUCUCAAAAUUCCAGAUCCUGGAUUCUGUUUGACACAAAACAGUAUUAUGCCAAAAUAUAUGUUAUGUUCUCAAAAAAGUCUGGUAAAUAUGGCCAGAAUUUGUUGUACAUGUAGAAGAAGAUCGAUUUUCACGAUAAAGGAAGUUGGAAUGGCUUUAGUGGUGAUUUUACAAAAUGUAUUUGCUGAAAAGUCGUUUUUUUUCAUUUCAGAUGCAAAUAAAUUGUGCAAUUUGUCCGAAAAUAUGGGAGUGGAAAACAUCAAAAUCAAAUGAUAUUUCAAUAAGAUAUCGAUCUUGUUUCGAUGUCAAUUCGGAUUUUUAUAUGGUUUCGAAAAAACUGUUUUUGACAAAACAAGAAGUUCAGAAUAUUUUUGAACGUUUCAAACUUCGAAUGUUUCCGUGGAAAGCGACACCGCGUAAAAGUAACAGAACCAAUGCUGACGGGUAA